CAUAUCAAAUGCUGUGACAGGUUGGAGGUUGUUGGGUCUCUUCCUGUUUCUGGUUCUGGUGCUGAUGCUGAGGCUGAUGCUUCCCCACCUCGUUUCUCGCCCUUUUUCCUUCUGUCAUGGCGUCUCAGAAUUCUCCUGCCUCGAACUGUAGCUGGUGGCCGAUCUCAGCAACUGAAAACGAUGGGAAAAUCAACGAGGGCGAACAAAGCAGCACCCCGGCUCAAGAACAGGCGGGGUUUCUCUCCGAUAAAAACGAAAAAGACGGCGACGGUAUCGUCUUGUAUCAUUGGACUCAGUCUUUCAGCUCACAGAAGGUUCGUUUACUGAUUGCAGAGAAAGGCGUGCAGUGUGAUGAACGAGAUGUUAGUUUACCAUUAACUGAACAUAAAGAACCAUGGUUUAUGCGGCUGAACUUAGGUGAAGAAGUGCCAGUGGUAAUCCAUGGGGACAAUAUCAUCAGUGAUUACAACCAAAUUAUUGAUUAUCUGGAGAAGACCUUUGUGGGAGAAAACUAUGCAAGGUUAAUUCCAGAAGCAGGAAGCCUUACAUAUUCCAGAAUGCAACACUUUAAAGACCUGCUUGAUUCCCUUCCAAUGGAUGCCUACACUCAUGGUUGUAUUCUUCAUCCAGAAUUGACCACGGAAUCCAUGAUCCCAAAGUAUGCCACAGCUGAAAUCCGCAGGCAUUUAGUAAACACUGCUGCAGAAUUGUUGAAGCUCGACCAAGAACAACCUCAACUCACAGAGCCAUAUCUUUCCAAACAAAAAAAACUAAUGGCCAAGAUAUUGGACCAUGAUGACGUGAACAAUUUGAAGAAAAUUCUUACUGAGUUAGGGAAAGUUUUAGAUCAAGUGGAAGCAGAGCUUGAACAGAGGAAGCAUGAAUUUGCAGGCCAGAAGUGUGAAACCUGGUUGUGUGGAUCAGAUUUUACCUUAGCUGAUAUCUCCCUUGGAGCAACGUUACAUCGCCUCAGGUUCCUGGGGCUCGCAAAAAAGUACUGGGGAAAUGCAGAUCGACCCAAUUUGCAAGUAUAUUUUGAGAGAGUGCAGAAACGUACUGCAUUUCGAAAGGUUUUAGGAGACAUACACACUACACUGCUGUCAGCUGUUUUACCUAAUGCAUUCCGCCUUGUGAAAAGAAAACCACCUUCUUUCUUUGGUGCCUCAUUUUUAAUGGGAACCCUAGGCGGAAUGGGAUAUUUUGCUUAUUGGUAUCUCAAGAAAAAGUAUAUGUAACAAUAGUAAAUGUAAUUCUGUGGCCUGUGUAAUGUGUGAUAUUAUGGAAUGUUUUAAAAUAUGUGAAUAAUUUCACUAGGUGAAUUCUGUAGUACUGUUAACAUUCCAUGCAAUAGGAUGGUAUAUUAUACAGCACAUAUACUUUAACUGCUGUUUCUUUAAAAAAAUAAUUGGUUUUUAUUUUCCAUGCAAACUUUAGGCCAGCACUUCACUAAGCUGCAUAAAUAACACCAGACAGCUAAUCAAGUGACAGGAAAGUGCAUUGUAUACUACAUUCUAAGAUCUAGAAAAUCCAGCAAAGCCCUGUCCUAUUGACAGAAUUUAGAAAUAAACAGGCUGUGGUGAGUUGGACUGAAAUUUAAAUUUAAUUUCCAUUAGCUACGUUAUUAACUUCUACCAAGUCACUCUGUUCAUUAUGUGAUCAAAUAUAUUCAAGACCACACUGGAAACAUUUUAUUUCUCUCAUUGAAGUUUGCUUUAAUGGAUGUUAGUGGAUCACCUUCAGUCUACUUCAGGCCAACACAUUUCAUUAAACCAUUGAAUGAAUUGUAAACUCAAUUCGUACUGGAACAUGAUGAAGUUAACAUUCAUGAAUGAACAAAAUAAAGUGCACUUAUUUGACUAUAAUUAAAAGGUAAAUUUAGUUUGAAAACAAUGAGCAUAAUCCCCCGUCAGGGUUUUUAGUAUCGUUUUCUUGUUCAGACAGAAAUUAUACCACCUGCACUCUGGCCUUUUGCAGUCCAUGUUCACUUAUUUUGGAGUUAGCUGAUAAUCAAAGUGUUUUAUUCAGCGUUCCUUCUCUGUGGGACUUGCUUCCACUUGGCAGCUAUAUUAUACCUACCAGCUAACUUCAGGAGUUGACCAUCCUGGGAGUUUCAUGUGUUGGGUCCUUACCUGUUUUUUGUACUGUAAUUUGCUAAAUCAGUGUGCAGUUUCUUCAGGAAAGUGAUAACGGUGCAGGAGAUAUUAUGAUGGAUGAUAGAGAGAUGGCAGAGGAAUUGAAUGAAUAUUUUGCAUCAGUCUUCACCGUGGAGGACAUCAGCAAUGUGCCGGUUAGUCAGGAGUCUCACGAAAUGGAACUGAGUUCAGUUAAGAUUACUAGGGAGAAGGUGCUAGGAAAACUAAAUGGACUAAAGACUGAUAAGUCUCCCGGACCGGAUGAGGUGCAUCCCCGGGUUCUGAAGGAGGUGGCAUUAGAGAUAGCGGAGGCAUUGGUGAAAAUUUUCCAGGAAUCGAUAGAUUCCGGCAUGGUUCCGGAGGACUGGAGGGUCGCAAAUGUAGUUCCACUGUAUAAGAAAGGAGGGAGGCAGCAUAAAGGAAAUUACAGACCUAUUAGUCUGACGUCAGUGGUGGGAAAGUUAUUGGAAUCUAUCCUCAAGGAUGGGGUUACGGAAUACCUAGAGGCGCAAGGCAAGAUAGGUCCUAGCCAACAUGGUUUUGUGAAGGGAAGAUCCUGCCUGACCAACCUAUUGGAGUUUUUUUGAAGAAAUCACAGGUAGGGUGGAUAAGGGAGAGGCGGUAGAUGUUGUGUAUUUAGACUUUCAAAAGGCCUUCGAUAAGGUGCCUCAUAAGAGACUGAUUAAUAAGAUGAGAGGUCAGGGAAUUACGGGUAGGAUAACAGAAUGGGUGGAGCAUUGGCUGGUUGGCAGGAAGCAAAGAGUGGAAAUAAAAGGAUCUAGUUCUGGUUGGCCACCGGUUACUAGAGGUGUGCUGCAGGGGUCAGCGUUGGGGCCGCUCCUUUUUACCUUGUACAUUAACGAUUUGGAUGAUGGAAUAAAUGGUUUUGUGGCUAAGUUUGCGGAUGACACCAAGAUAGGUGGAGGAGUAGGGAGUAUUGAGGAGAUAGGAAGGUUGCAGAGAGACCUAGACAGUUUAGGAGAAUGGGCAAGGAAAUGGCAGAUGAGAUUCAAUGUUGAGAAAUGCGCAGUUGUACACUUUGGAAACAGAAAUAAGCGGGCAGAUUAUUAUCUAGAAGGAGAGAAAAUUCAAAGUACGGAAGUACAAAGGGACUUGGGAGUACUCGUGCAGGAUACCUUAAAGGUUAACCACCAGGUCGGAUCGGUGGUAAAGAAAGUAAAUGCUAUGUUGGCAUUCAUUUCGAGAGGUAUAGUGUAUAAAAGUAAGGAAGUGUUGACGAGGCUCUAUGGGGCACUAGUGAGGCCUCAUUUGGAAUACUGUGCGCAGUUUUGGGCCCCACAUCUUAGGAAGGAUGUGCUGACGUUGGAGAGGGUUCAGAGGAGAUUUACGAGGAUGAUUCCAGGAAUGAAAGGGCUUACGUAUGAUGAGCGUUUGUCGGCUUUUGGACUGUACUCACUGGAGUACAGAAGAAUGAGAGGGGACCUCAUAGCAACAUUUAAAAUGUUGAUAGGAAAGGACAGAGUAGAUGUGGCUAGGCUGUUUCCCUUGGUGGGUGAGUCCAGGACCAGAGGGCACAAUCUUAGAAUUAGAGGGCACAGUUUCAAAACAGAGAUGAGGAGAAAUUUCUUUAGCCAGAGGGUGGUGAAUUUGUGGAACUCUUUGCCAUGUACAGCAGUGGAGGCCAGAUCAGUGGGGGCGUUCAAAGAGGAGAUAGAUAGAUAUCUAAAUAGUCAGGGUAUCAAGGGAUAUGGGGAUAAGGCCGGAAAUUGGGAUUAGAAUAGGUUUUUUUUUCUUCCCCCCCCCCCCC